AUGAAGAACCACCGUAUUGUUAUAUAUUUCGUGUCUUGGGCGAUUGUCUCAGCUGUUAUUUGCGCUCUAAAUGUGCUCAACAUCAAUUGGGAAACCUCCGACUUGGCCACGGGCAUUGCUGUGGUGGUCUUUGUGACGAUCCUUCAGGGCACUGUCAUAGAAAUCCCCAUCCAAACAGUUGCCACCUUGAUUGUUGGGGGCCACAGACGCGAGGUGAUGGUAGGAGACGGAAGUCGUCUAUCUGCCAUUAUAAAUUACAACCUUUUAGCCCAUACGAAGGAGGACAUAGAAGAGUGUUUUAAGUGUAUGUACGAUGCUUACAUGGGAAAUUUAUCGCCAACAAUUUCGGCUGUGUUGGUUAGCGCUACAUCAGGGAGGAGAUUGCGAGAACACGAGUUUUACAUGAGAGAUUUCUACAGGGUGUUUAUUUUCGAUGUGUUAUAUACAGAAGGGCUAGCAUUUUCAAGAGGAGAUUACAAACUGGUACACCCUUCCAGACUAGAACAUUUUUGGUCUUGGUAUAAACAUAUAGAAAAGUCUUAUUUUUUAAAUGAUAUUCUGCGAAAACUAUGUAAUUCGCGUUGUGAUGAGUUCAUGUUGGUUCAACGCAACAGUCGUGUAUUGAGAAAAUGUGGACAAUACCAGGAUCUUAUGCUGCUAUCGUAUGGCGAACGCUUUGCCUUCACAUACUGCGAUCAGACCCAUUACGGCCGCAACGCUCGUGCUGAAGGUGAUCAGCUUUUCCUUCCUCACAAAGACGUGGACAAUAUAUGUGGCAGGAAGUUCGACUACACUGUAGUAGCGGACGGCGACACCGGUAUACCAUUCGGAUGUGUCUUUAAAUUGUUGGAUAUUGCAGACGCCAAUCCCACUCGUGGCAUCAUCCAGCCUGCAGUUACAAUGGAAAAUCAGUCUCCAGAAGAGGAUACGAUAUUUAUGUACUUGGAAUCCGCACGGCACACAUUGUUUGAACCUAUGAGCAAUGCCAUGAACGCGCUACUUAAUAGGUGCUCAUUCUAUGGCAAAGGUCUUAUCCGUAACGCCACCUAUAUAGAAAGGGUGAUCGGCCGGAGGGGUAAACUGAUCGAACUUGUCCCAAUCGAUAUUCUUAGUCACGACACAUACGAAGCUACUGUUUUGAAUCCGUUGUUUGUAAGUACAGUGGCCUUCUCGGAGCAGCCACCCCUUAAUUACAUUUCUUGGAAUAUUCGGGAAAGACGAUGGAACAGAGGAGAGAUACUAAACGCCAUGUACUUCUGGGAGUGGGCAGUAGGGAUUCCAUUGAGAGGACUUCAGCGAAUCUUUCGGCGGAAAGAGUAUGUGAAAACUAAGAGGAGAACUGCUCCGAAUCACGACUUCGUGUCAUCCUAUGUCGCACAUUCGCCACUGCGUCAGAUGCUGAUGAAACCCUUCCUUCUCGUUUACAUUCUCAUCCACGUAAAUCUUAACUUGAGGUAUCAAUGGGCUCCUGUCAUUGCUAUUCUUUUCCUCAUAAUCGUCUUUCCUAAGUUUGCAGUAUGCAGAAGAUACAACAUCAAAUUCGUCUUUGCAGAAACCUUCUUAUCCGUCAUGCAGUUCACACCGGAAGCCAUAGUAGGAUGUGUGCGCAUUGCCCGAGCUUUUCAUGCAAAUGUAUCUGCACAUGUGAAUUGGGUGCCUUCGAGGCAAGUAGAGAGUGAAUUUCGGGAAUCCAACCCUUUUCUAAAGUCAUUUAUCCAUCUAGGAUUUUACUCAGUGGUAGCCGUAGCCGUAGCUGUUGCUGUUUACAUCGUCCGCCCAGACGGUGUUCUAGCUUACUUCCUGUUAGGUGCAGUAUUUGCACUUCCGAUUUUCGCCGGAUGUACUGCUGUCCGCUAUAAAACGCUGAAGUCAUUGAAGUGUAGGUGUAGCAGAAACUUCCGGUAUUUCGGACGGACUCGUGGCAGGGUUGACCCCGAAACUGACCUUUGGGUCACAAGACUUCCAGAUGUUUACACGCGCGGGUCAAAUGCAUCGUCUUAUACAACUACCACUGCCUCUUCCCUCUACUAA